CCUCUGCUGCUGCCGCCCCCCCACCCAGGCGCUGGCCCUUUAAAGACGGCGCUCUGUGUGCACGUGAGCGUGAGCGUGAGGAGGACAGAAGGGGGUUGAGAUUCCCAGCAAGUGGCCGGCCAUCUCCCACCUGCCAGCUCCUCACCCUCCACCGCCCGGACUCCGCCUCCUACCUGGGUGCGCCAGUUAAAUGGCUGAUAAGCAGCUCAGUCUCCCAGCCAAGCUCAUCAAUGGCGGCAUCGCUGGGCUGAUCGGGGUCACCUGCGUGUUCCCCAUCGACCUGGCCAAGACGAGGCUGCAGAACCAGCAGAAUGGCCAGCGCAUGUACACCAGCAUGUCUGACUGCCUCAUCAAGACCAUCCGCUCGGAAGGCUACUUCGGCAUGUACCGCGGAGCCGCCGUGAACUUGACCCUUGUCACCCCCGAAAAGGCCAUUAAGCUGGCAGCCAACGACUUCUUCCGGCAUCACCUCUCCAAGGACGGGCAGAAGCUGACCCUGCUGCGGGAGAUGCUGGCCGGCUGUGGGGCCGGCACCUGCCAGGUCAUCGUGACCACCCCCAUGGAGAUGCUCAAGAUCCAGCUCCAGGACGCCGGCCGCAUUGCCGCCCAGAAGAAGAUUCUGGCUGCCCAGGCCCAGCUCUCCACACAAGGGGGCACUCAGCCCGCAGUGGAGGCUCCCGCUGCCCCCCGGCCCACGGCCACCCAGCUCACCCGUGACCUGCUCCAGAGCCGUGGCAUUGCCGGCCUCUACAAAGGACUGGGGGCCACGCUGCUCAGGGACGUCCCCUUCUCCAUCGUCUACUUCCCCCUCUUCGCCAACCUGAACCAGCUGGGCCAGUCCGCGUCCGAGGAGAAGUCCCCCUUCUACGUGUCCUUCCUGGCGGGCUGUGUGGCUGGGAGCACGGCCGCUGUGGCUGUCAACCCUUGUGAUGUGGUGAAGACGCGCCUGCAGUCGCUCCAGCGCGGGGUGAAUGAAGACACCUAUUCCGGGUUCCUGGACUGCGCCAGGAAGAUCUUGCGGAAUGAGGGUCCCUCCGCCUUCCUGAAGGGGGCCUACUGCCGCGCCCUGGUCAUCGCCCCACUGUUUGGCAUUGCCCAGGUGGUCUACUUCCUGGGCAUCGGGGAGACCCUGCUGGGGCUGCUGCAGAACCCCCAGCCCUGAGCCUGGGCCCCCCCACCCGCAGGACUAGAGUGGGCCUGGGGCUGGGCGGCCCGCCCAGGACCAAGCAGGGGAACGUCUCUCCGCCCCUCCCCGUGUGGAUGGGGGCAGAGGGAGGGGUGCAGGGUCCACACACACGGACCUGAGGGGUCCUGCCUGCACAGCCACGGGGAUCAAUGUGUUAUUUAUGUAGAAAUCACGGAAAUCUUUACAUUCCCGGAGCCAGCCCUGCCCCAGCUCCACCCUGGCCUGGGCACCCCCGGGACAGAGCUGGUCUCUGAGCCGGGGGCUCCCAGGUGAGGGCUGGGCGGGGUGGACCCUCCGCUCCAGGCUACCGGCUUGUCCCCAAAGGGGCGGCUGCACAAACCUAUUUAUUAACUUGCUGAGCACAAGUGGCUCUGUCCAGCCCUCCGUCCGUCCAUCGGUCCAGCCUCCCCACUGCUGCUCUCACCUCAGCCAGCCUCGCAGGAGAGUCGGGGUCUCCUGCCCCCCACAUUGAGCCAGGAAUCCCAGGCAGGCAGGGGGGUCCACACUGAGUCUUGACUCCCAGGGAAGCCCCACCCCCAACUGUGGGACCCAACAGUCCUCCUGGUGGGCCCCUCUGCGCCACCCCAGCCGGGGGGCCCAGAGCGUGUGAGAGGUCUGUGUGCAUAUGGGAGAGCCGCUGCCCUUCCCACGUGGCCAGGCAGUGUGUCCGUGUGCGUGCGUGUGUGUGUGUGCUGUGUAAACCUAUGCCCCGCUGACCCUGUCCAGAAGUUGUGUCUCCAGCCCAGCCCCUCUUGCUGCACCUGCAGCUGACUGCUCUUCUGAGACCUGCACCCGGGUCUGACCUUGGCCAGUGGAAAGGGCAAGCAUGACCAGUAUGGAGCCAGGGGCGCCUGCUCUGUGUGCACGGGUGGCGGCCGGGAGCUGCCCUCCAGCCACCCUGCUCUCUGGGCCCCUGCAGCCCCACCCGCCCGCUGUCCAGACCCCUCCCCAUUGUGAACUGAGGCAGGCGCCUGCCCUGCCACCCCUGCCGGGUGAUCGUGUUGGUGAUUGGUCCUGACGUGCCGGUGCUGUGUCCCCCACCCCCCAGGCCCCCUCUGAGGAGGCCCCUUCCCAGCGACACUACCUGGGGCGGAGGCCUGCCCCGCCCGCGGCUGUGCCCAUCAUCUGUUCUACCUUGGGAGCUGCUGCUGCUGCUUACAGAUUUAUAUUUUUUUUCUUUUGAGGAGUUUUAAGAAGUGACUUUUUGUGUCUUGUCAUGUGAGAAGAUAAAUAAAUAUUCUAAGUAGA